AUGAGCUCGACGGGCGGCGGCGGCGGGUUGCCUCCCUCGGGCGUCCGCAUGCCCUUCCAGGUGACCCGGGUGGACCCUGCCCGCCAGGGCUCGGUACUGGUGCGGCUGUGGGGCCGCUUCCACCGGGAAAGGCAGCUCGAGUACCAGCGGCUCCACGACGAGAUUCAGAACUGGGUGAAGGGCGUUGGUGACGGCGGAGCAGGAGGGGCGGCGGCGGCUGCCGGGCGCGACCCCCCGACCCCUCCCUUGGAAACCAACGAGCGCUGCCUGGCCGAGAUGAACGGCGAGUGGCACCGGGCGCGGGUGGUGAGCCGCGCCGGCGACGACUACACAGUUUUCACGCUGGACGAAGGGAGGGCGACGGCGGUGCGAGGCCGCGGCCUGGAGCGAGGUAAGAAGGACUUUUUCCAGCUGCCCCCCGAGGCGGUCUGCUGUAUCCUGGCCAACCUGGUGCCGCCGGGGGAAGGGAGCGGGGCCAAGCCGACCUGUUGGCCCCCGAGCGCCUUGUCCUUCCUCCGCUCGCUGCAGGGACGCGAGCUGGACGGUUACGUGGACGCGGUGCUGCCCAAUCGCCUGGUGCUGCUCGACGUGCCCCGGGUGUCCCGGCAGCUGUGCGAGUCGGGCUUGGCCAAGGUGAUCGGCCGCACGGCUUUCCGUCUGUUGGUGGAGAUGUCCACAUCGGGGCAGGUGCGGCGGGCACCGGCCGGGGCCACUGGCUUUGCCGCCUCCUCCUCCUCUCCUCCUCCACCGCCAGCGCCCCCUAGCGACGCCAGUUACAGCCUCAACUACUUCUACCCGCUGCUGCAGGUGGAUGAGACCGUGACGGUGACCGUGCGGGUGACCCACGUGCGCUACCCGGACCGCUUCUUCUGCCAGCUCCGCUGCCACUGCCCCGAGCUGGAGCGGCUGCACCUCAGCAUGCAUCGUUACUACGAGAGCAGCCGGGUCAGCGGCACCGGCACAGCGCCCAGGAAGCUGGGUUCCCCCUGCGCGGCCAAGAGCCUGGACGGCCGGUGGUACCGAGCCGUGGUCCAGCAGACCCUGUCCGAUCGCGGGGUCGAGGUCUUCUUGGUGGACUACGGCAACAAGGAGGUGGUAUCCUCCUGCAGCAUCAGGAAGCUCAGCCCCGGCUACUUCAAGAUGCCCGUCGUGACUUACCCGUUCGCUUUGCGCGAAGCUUCCGACUACGGCAGGGGUUGGUCCGCCAAACAGAUUGAGCUGCUGCACACGCUGAUCAUUAACAAAGUUCUCCAGGCCAAGAUCGAGUUCUACAACUCGGUGGAAAAUGUCUAUUAUGUAACUUUAUACCGAGAAGAUGGCUCCACCAUCAACGCAGCCUUCAAUGCCCAGGUGGAGAGUGUAAAUUACGAGCGAGUGAUUGGAUACUGCGAGGAUAACGAGCUUCGGGGAGAGUAUCAGAAAAUAAACGCUCUUCACUGCAGUGGAGACUACUUCACUGGGGACCGAAGGACUGAAGGCCUCUCCAAAACUAAAGACCGUAUCUCCUAUCUCAGUAUGCUGUUGGGGGCGAGUCUGCUGAAGAAUGCAAACCUGAAACUCAAUGCCUUCUAUGAUGCCCUGGUUGAGUUUGUAAAAGAUCCUACAGAAUUUUGGAUUAGGACCAUGGACACAGCCAGUGAGUUUGAAAAACUAAUGAACAGCAUUGCCAAGAAGUAUGGACCUUUGGGCCGAAAUGAAGGACUGGUAAAGAAACCUGAACCAGGAUUGUUAUGUUGUGCAAAAUUUAAAGCUGAUCAUUUAUAUUAUAGGGCUGUUAUUACUGAGAUACUUGAUGGCCAGUUCAGGGUAUUUUUCAUUGAUUAUGGAAACCUGGAACUAGUGGAUUGGCAUGAUGUUAAGGCACUGCUUCCUGAAUAUCGAAAGCUUCCUGCUUUGGCUGUGAAGUGUUGUCUUGCUGACCUUGUUCCCAAAGAAGCAACGUGGAGUAAAGAAGCUAUUGCCUACUUUGAGAAGGUGGUGUUUGAAAAACACCUUGUUGUCCAUGUUUUAGACAAAGAAAUGGAUAAAUACUUGAUUGAACUGCUUGAUGUGGAAGAUGAGGGAGAACCUAGUGUGAACAAGAUAAUGUUGCAGGAAGGUUAUGCUGAUCAAAAAGCUUUAAAAGUCUCUCAUUUCAGUUCAAAGACCUUGUUUUCAUUGGACCACAUACAUAUUUCAAAUCCGUCUUCUGAAGAAAUUGCUCACACUUAUGGCAGAAGCAAAAAAACAAGAUUUGAGGAAAGACCAAUAACGCCUGAAAAGUUUGCACCAUGCAUGGAAUAUCCCUGUUCAACAGAGGACUCUAAUGAUUGUCUAGCCACAGUACUUUCUAAUAUGCCAUAUAAAAUUUCCAGUCAUGGAGAAAUUGAAACUGGAGAUACUAGAACACAAAAUAUUGCUGUGAUGGACUCUGCAAUCACAGAGUCUCCAUAUAAACAAGAGUACCUUAAAGUUGGAAGCACAGUAGAUGUACAGGUUUCCUACAUUGAUGAACCUGGUGACUUUUGGUGUCAACUGACUAAAAACGCACAUGAACUAAAAAUGCUCAUGAGUAAAAUCCAGGAAUAUUAUAAUACACAUGCAGAUCAUUCUCAGCCUUGUCAAUCUGCUUGCAUUGCAAAGUACUCUGAAGAUGGGAAAUGGUACAGAGCUCUGAUCCUUGGAAAAGUGUCAGCACUAGAAGUUGAUGUUUUGUAUGUUGAUUAUGGGAAUAGAGAGAGAGUGUCUUUCAGUGACUUGUGUGCAAUAAGGCCAGAAUUUCUUCUUUUAAAAGGGCAGGCAUUUAGAUGUAGUCUUUAUAAUAUAAUCCAGCCUAUGGGUUCUGAUCCAUUCAUGUGGAAUGUAGAUUCAGUUGCUGCCUUCCAGGAGUUUAUUGAUAGUGCCCUUAGUUUGUAUAUGGAGCUCAAAUGCACAGUCUAUGCACUGACUAUUGUGGAUGGUAAAGGGCUAUGUAAUGUUGUGGAUUUGAAUACUCCUUUUCAGAGUGCUUGCCAAUUACUUAUUGAGAGAGGAUUAGCCAAAUUUGUAGGAUCACCUAGUGUUCUUGCUCCAUCAGUAAACCUUUAUACCUAUUACUAUUCAACUCAUGAUGUGAAAAUUGGCAGUGAAGAAGAAAUGUAUGUCAGUCAUGUGACAAGCCCAACAAAAUUCUACUGUUUACUGAGUAGAAAUCUAGAUAUUGUAGAUAAACUUGCAGAUAAGGUUAAUAAGUUGUCUUGUAAAUUGCCAGAUUACAAGUUUUCCCAGGGUGUAGAUCCCAUCUGUCUUGCAAAGUAUACUGAUAAUCAAUGGUAUCGAGCUUUGGCAUGGCCCAUACAGGACCGCAUUCGAGUCUCUUUUGUAGAUUAUGGAAAUAAGCUGGAUGUUGACAAAGAUGACUUGCUUCCUAUUCCUGAUAGUGCAAGAGAUGUUAAAUUUUUACCAAUGCAAGCAAUUAAGUGUGGUCUGUCAGAUAUUCCAGCUGAGCUGUCCCUUGACAUUAAUACCUGGUUUAGAAAAGCUGUGACUGAUAAACCUUUAAAAGCUGUGGUAGUAGCAAAAGAGUCUGAUGGAAAACUGAUUGUUGAGCUUUACGAUGGGAAUGUGCAAAUUAAUGCAAAGAUUAAAGAGCAGCUAUACUUGCAGGGAACCAGUGAAGCAAAAACAAUGAAUGGAAAUUCAGGGAGACAAAAGAUUAAAAGUGAAAAGUUAUGCUCCACUUUUAUGGUGAAGAGUGACCAUGAACCAUCCCUUCUUAAAAGACGGAUUAUUGAGGAUCAAGAUGAGGUGCAUGAAGCUGAAAAGGCAGCCGUAUCUAGCCACACGCAAGAUAGAUGGAAAAAUAGAACCGAGAUUUUUAUUGUUGAGAAUGUUGAGGCUGAGUUGAAGUGUGCUCCCAACAUGGACUUAAAGAAUGUGAAAGAAUUUUCCGAUGUAAAAUCUAAUGUGGAAACGAGGAACAACAAAUCUGUGAAAAGUAAUGUUGAAAAAACAAGUUUUAGUAAAUUAGGGUUUGAUACUUCAAAAUUACCUUUGCCUAAAGAGAUUGAUAUUCCUCUGAUAACAUUAAAGCCUGGAUUUAAAUGUGAGGCACGCAUUUCACAUGUUGUUAGUCCAUCACAUUUCUUUGUUCAUCUUUCCCAACAUGAUGAUAAAGUAACUAUGAUGGAAGAAAAAUUGAAUGCAUCUUGGGCUAAUGAUACAGAAGUUGAAUGCUUUCAAUAUGAAAGUUUGCAGUUAGGUGAUAUGGUCUGUGCAGAAUCUCCUGAAGAUGGUUCUCAUUAUAGGUCUGUGGUAACUCNAAAAAUUGCCAAUAAUUUAGUUGGUGUGGAAUUCAUAGACUAUGGGAACACAGUUAACGUACAACCAUCAAAAAUCCAUCGUCUUUCUAAAGAGGCUAUGGAGGUACAGCGGCUCAGUGUACCAUGCUUCAUUAGUGGUGUUCAGGACACACUUUCAACAGGUUACAGUAUUGAACUUGUUUCUGCCUUCAAAAAGAGAGCGAAUGGAAUAAUGUGUGAAUUUAUUAAACUACAUGGACAGUUAUGGGAGGUUCAACUUUGUGAUGACCAGGGUACAGUAGCAAACCUAUUAGAGGAUACCUUGUGUGAACAAUACACACUAAAUUCGCAGCAGGAAAGUGGAUGUUCUAUAACUGAUAUAAGGCCUGGUUCAAAGCUUAAUGCAUAUGUCUUUGCUAUAAAAUCUCCUAAUCAGUUCUGGUGCCAGUUUAUGACUACAGCUGAUGGUAUUUUCAUUGAAUCCCUUCAGAAAGCUAAAGGUGAGCGCUGUAAAAUGAGGUCUGAAGAUAUUAUGGAUCUUAAGGUUGGAAAUGUAUGUAUGGUGAAAAGUAAAGGUUUUCUUAAUUGGGCAACAUGUGAAAUUGUUGAUAUAUGCAAUGGAGGUAUUGAGGUAGUAUUUAUGAAGGAGGACAGCAAGGAAUUGGUAAACCCAGAAGAUGUAAAAGAAGUAACUCCUGCGUUUGCACUAACCUAUGAAUGCAAGUUGCACAGAUUGUUUCCUUUUAAUGGAAGUAAUUGGUCUCAAAAGGCCAUUGAAUUCUUUAAAACCUUAGUUUUGUAUAAAAGAGUACUAAUAAAAGUGAUUAAUAUGUCAAAGCCAAAUAUAUUGGAGGUGGAUAUUUAUGUGAACUUGGAUAAUGCUGUCAGAGACCAAUUAACUGCUUCAGAAUUAGCUGUUGAGAAGGACGAGAGUAAUACAACAACAUAUGGGCGAUAUAUCAGGAAAAUCCCUUUAGUGGGACAAACGAUUGAAGGGUAUGUUACUGCAGCAGAAAGUCCUAGCUAUUUCUGGUGUCAGUAUUCAGCUUCUGAAAUUCAAAUGUUGGCUGAAAAAAUGCAAGAACUAGGAAAACGUGAAGACACUGGAACAAAAUUGUCAUCAAUUUCAGUUGGUGACAGCUGUUUUUGCAAGUACUCUGAAGAUGAACAGUUUUAUAGAGCUGAAGUAAAAAAGACAAAUAGCAACAUUCUUUCCCUGAACUAUGUUGAUUAUGGGAAUGAAGAAGAUGUUGAAAGAGAACAAGUUAGAAAACUGCCUGAGGAGUUACUAAAAAUUCCUGUUCAGGCCUUUCCUUGCUGCCUUUCUGGGUAUGAUUUGUCUGAAGGUUCUUGGAAAGAUGGUGCAGUGGGUGAUUUCCUUCAUCUUCUUUCAGACCAGCUAUUGAAAAUUACAGCACUAAAAAAUGAGUGUGGAAAAGGCAACGUACCAUUUGUGCUUCAUGUCCAAAUUGAGAGUAGUAGUGGUAUAAUUAAUGAUACAGUGAAAACCCUGUGGAAGCCCCAUACUGAUAAACAUAACAACAGCAAUUUAUGUGAUGAAAAGAAGUUGCCGGCUGAUCAAUCUCUCUCUUUGCAAAGUCUCCAUAAUGACAAAAACCUAGAAGCUAAAUUGAUGGAGGAUAUAAUUCCAAAUGCAGCUUGCCCUGAAAGGCUGAAUGCAGAAGAGUUAGUACAGUUUCGAAUGGAUGACCAUGGUGAAGAGAUGGAUGGUAAUAGUCCUGCAACAUAUUUGGUUGAAGAGAAAGUUGAAGCCCAAGAGAAUAGUGAAUCUGAAGUUGAUCUUCAAUUUCAAAAACUUGGAGAUGAAACAGAUAAUGAAGUACAAAUACUAAAGCUCUCAGAGAGCCAUAGCUCUUCUGUGCCUGGUUCAUUUCUUAUUGCUGACAAUCUUGAGAUGACUGUGAUUGACCAGCUUGAAGGUCCUGCUUCAUCUUCAUGCCCAAAUGAUUGGAUACCUACUAUGCAGGCAUAUAUGGAUCAAUGCUUGUCAAGCAGUCAGACUAAAGAUGCAGACCUUGAAAAUGCAAACUUCUCUUUGCAACCAGUGAAACACAAAAUGCGUGACAAUUUAGAGGAUUCUAGUCAAACUAUUGAUCUAUACGAAGAGAUUUUUAAAUGCCAAAAUGACCAACCUUUUAUGGAAGAUACUGGUGAUGAUUCUAUGACUCGCCUUCUCAUCUCCCAAGAUGAAGAUUCUGAAGAUCAAAAUUUACCAGAAACUCAGAUGGUCGGCAGUGAAACAGAGCACUUUGAGACAGAACAAUUAGUUGUAACUGAGAAGGAUGAUGCUGAGAAAGAAGAUUGCAUUCCUGUAGAAUCCUCAUUAAUUACUUCAGUUAACACUGGCAUGGAAGAAGGAACACUGUUGGUACAUAACAAGUUUGAUUUAGAUUCAACUUGUGUGGAAGUUGACGAAGAAAAUAAUCAGCACACCACUAAUUCAAGCUAUACAAAUGCUACUUUUGAUGACUCCAUGAAGAAAAUUAUUAGCCAUGAAGUUCAGGGUGACCAAGGAGGCAGCUUGGUGCUGUGUUCAGAUGCUGCCAACACUGUUGCUGGUGAUGAAACACAUUUUCAACAGUUCAGCUCUGAUGCCAGCGAAGUGAUCUGUGAUAAACUAUUUCUGUCUACCACUUCAGAAAAUGUUGCAGAGAAAAAUCAGUUGAAAACCCUGUAUACAUUUUCAACACCAGACAAAGUGAGUGAUUCUGGAAGUGUGUCAGCCAAUAAAAAUGUACAUGUUAAUAUUGAGGUUGCAGUAGAAGAUUCAAUUCCAGUGGAACCUGUGAAUCCCUUGCAGGAUUAAGGUCAGCAAAAUUCUAAUUUUAAAGGAAGACCUACAGGUAGCUAUUCCUGAUCCUGAGAUCUUGUGUAAUAGUAUUAUGCAUACAAAAUAUUGCCCAGACUAGGAAAUAACCGCUUCAAUUAGUCCCCAUAUACUCUUGAUAUUAACCAGGUGCCAAGGAAAGAGUUGCAACACCUGAUUUUAAUUUGGGGUAUCUGCAGCAUUUCAGCCUAAGGGAGUUUUUAAGGCUAAGAUUUAGUAACCUGUUUGAUGUACCAAAGAAUUUAAGAUGCAUAUUGGAAAGCAAGAUUGCUUUCUUUUUUUACUGCUGUCAUGAAGGUACAUUCAUCAGGGGAAAAACACUUUUAAAAAGGAUUCAAGGCCUACUACAUAGAAUUGAAAAGUUUCUGUUUGUGCUAAAUAGUUUGAAAUGACAAUAUUUCAUCUAAGGAUGAGCAUAGAUGCUCAUAAGUUUAUAAAAAUUGAUAAACAAACCUCUUAAGAAACAAACUUUGAACGUGAGUGAAACCUGAUCACUAUGCAAGAAUGCAAAUACCUUGAAUUUUCUGCAUGCAUGACAGUUAAUUUGUGAUUCCUGGAAAAUCCUUUCUUCACAAAGUAUUUAAAUGAUGGAUUGUACUGCAAGUCUUAAACAACUGCUAUAUACCAGAACCAAGUGGCGGAUUGUCCUCAAAAGCAUUAGCUUUCUAUGUACAAUGAAAAUGUAUUGCCAAACAUGAUUGUUCAUUUAUUAAAAUGACAAAUAAAAGCCUCUUUACGCAGAACA